AUGAGAAACUGGCUGGCUAACCACUGGUUCUCAGCAUUAUGGCUGCUUGUUUGGAUGGCGCUGAAUGCUUUUCUAUUUGCACAAACAUUCCUGACAUAUGAGAAGUCUGACAAUUACUAUUACACAAGAGAAAUUCUUGGUACGGCGUUAGCUGUGGCCCGAGCCUCUGCGAAGUGCUUGAACUUUAACAGCAUGUUGAUCCUUCUUCCUGUGUGUCGAAAUCUGCUGUCCUUCAUCAGAGGCUCCUGCUCAUUUUGUAAUCGCACACUGAGGAAGCCAUUGGAUCACAACCUCACCUUCCAUAAACUGGUGGCAUACAUGAUCUGCAUAUUCACAGCCAUUCACAUCAUUGCACACUUGUUUAACUUUGAACGCUACAGCAGAAGCCAACAGGCCACAGAUGGAUCCCUUACCUCAGUUCUCUCCAGCCUAUCUCGUCAUGAGAAACAUAAGGAUUCUUGGCUAAAUCCCAUCUUGUCCCCAAACACGACAGUGUUGUAUGUGACAUUCACCAGCAUUGCUGGUCUCACUGGAGUGAUUGGCACACUAGCCUUGAUUCUCAUGGUAACUUCAGCUAUGGAGUUUAUUCGAAGGAACUAUUUUGAGCUCUUCUGGGUUACACACCAACUUUUUGUCGUCUAUAUGGUCUGCUUAGCAAUUCAUGGCAUUGGUGGAAUUGUCCGGGGUCAAACAAAGGACAGCAUGGACGAGAGUCAUCCACACAACUGUGCACAGUAUUAUGAGAAGUGGGGUGAUGAUGACUCUGACUGCAAAUAUCCUCAAUUUGAAGGGAAAGCCCCUGAGUCUUGGAAGUGGAUCCUUGCACCAGUGAUUCUAUAUGCCUUUGAAAAGGCCCUCCGAUUUCUUCGCUCCCAGCAGAGCAUUGUGAUUAACAAGGUCAUCAUGCACCCAUCCAGAGUUUUGGAGUUACAGAUGACCAAGCCAGGCUUUAGAAUGGAAGUAGGACAAUAUAUCUUUGUUAAGUGCCCUUCAAUCUCUCACCUGGAGUGGCAUCCCUUUACUCUGACCUCUGCUCCAGAGGAAGAUUUCUUCUCUAUUCAUGUCCGAGUAGCAGGGGACUGGACAGAAAAUCUCGUAAGAGCAUUUGAACAGCAGCAUUCACUAGUUCCCAGGAUCGCGGUGGAUGGUCCUUUUGGCACAGUUAGUGAGGAUGUUUUCCAGUAUGAAGUGGCUAUGCUGGUUGGGACAGGAAUUGGGGUCACCCCCUUUGCUUCUAUCUUGAAAUCCAUUUGGUAUAAAUUCCAGCAUGAAGACCACAACCUCAAAACACAGACGAUUUAUUUCUACUGGAUCUGCAGGGAGACAGGUGCCUUUGCCUGGUUCAAUGACCUAUUGAUUUCGCUGGAACGAGAGAUGGAGGAAUUGGGCAAAGUGGGUUUUCUAAACUACCGGCUCUUCCUCACUGGAUGGGACGGGAACGUUGCUGGACAUGCAGCAUUAAACUUUGACAAGGCUACUGACAUCCUGACAGGUUUGAAAGAGAAAACCUACUUUGGAAGACCAAAGUGGGAGAAUGAAUUUUCUACCAUAGCUACUGCCCACCCUAAGUCUGUGGUGGGGGUUUUCUUAUGUGGUCCUCGGACUCUGGCAAAGAACCUGCGUGAAUGCUGCCACCGAUAUUCCAGUCUGGAUCCCAGGAAGGUUCAAUUCUACUUCAACCAAGAAAAUUUCUGA